AUGGCUCAAUCUAACUUCAGCGCUGUUGAUGAAUACGGAUUUGAAAGACAUGAAGACUUCGACUAUGAAAGCUAUGAAGACUUUAUGUCCGUAUACUUAAAAGUACUCGCAUCAAGAGCGCAAAAGUGGGCUACAUUACUCGGUGAAGGAAAGUCGGUCAAACGAACGAAUACAGUCAAAAGAUAUGUUCGAAAAGGAAUCCCUAGUGAACAUCGUCCUUCAGUAUGGAUGGCCAUUUCGGAAGCAGAACAAAUGAAAGAUCAGUGCCCUGACCUUUAUCAAAAAAUAUUAGAUGCCCCCUAUGAAAAGGAACUAGUAGAUUUAGUCAAGACAGACUUGCCACGCACUUUUCCUGACAAUAUCUAUUUUACGAAGGAAGCUAAUCAUCAGACACAUUUAUUCAAUGUUUUGAUUGCAUAUGCUCACAAUAAUAGAGUUGUUGGGUAUUGCCAAGGACUAAAUUAUAUAGCAGGUUUGCUUUUGCUGGCUACAAAGAGUGAGGAGACAUCAUUUUGGUUAUUAAAAGUAUUGGUAGAAAAAAUUCUUCCUGAUUACUACACUAAGACUAUGGAUGGAUUGAUUGUUGAUAUUGAAGUUCUAUCGGAACUUGUUAAAUCUAAAGCCCCUGAUGUCCAUCAGCAUGUGAUAAACUUAGGCUUACCAUGGGCAGUUAUAACAACAAAAUGGUUUGUAUGUUUGUUUGCUGAGGUACUGCCUAUUGAAACAGUUCUACGGAUAUGGGAUUGUCUCUUUUAUGAAGGCUCUAAAAUAUUAUUUAGAGUAUGCAUAACUUUGAUAAAAACAAAUCGAAGUUCUAUAUUGGCCUGCAAUGACUUCACUUCGCUGGCGGAGUGUUUUAAAGCUAUAGUGAAAAAUGCAAGUGCACUGCAUUGUCAUGAGUUUAUGCAGUCAAUUUUCAAAGUACCUGGGACUCUGUCCAACUCUACAAUAAUCAAGCUGCGGGCACGCUUCGCUAAACAGCGUCGAGAACAACAACAAAAAGAACCACCUCGA